AUGGAUUCUUUUAAAAAUUACUUUUUCAUUUGGUUAACUAUUAUUCUUGCCUGGACUUUCGCUGGUGUGAAUGGCUUCACGCCUCUUGGACGUCUAAGGCAAAGUAAUGCCCUGGUAGGAAAUAGGCUUUACUUUUUUGGUAGUGCAAUUAUUGCACAAUCGAGAGAGAAUAUUUUUCUAGAUGUGACUCUUUCUACAUUAAAUACAUCAAAUCCUUUAUGGUCCUCAUCAACUUCUUCAGUUUCUUUAGUCCCGACUAAUUCUGCACUUGCAAGUGCAUGUGUAGGAGGUUCUAAUAAAGCUACGAUAUUUCUUUUAGAACAUCUUUUUGGGAAUAAUAGUAUUAGUAAUAAUACUAUAGUAUAUGCAUUUGAUACUGUAAGUGGAACAUGGAGUAUUCCUAAUAUAAUUGGAACAAUCCCUAUAAGUCGGCGACAAUUUCAAGCUGUUAAUGACACUAACGGCAAGAUAUAUAUGUUUGGAGGAUUUACGACCAACUCCAAUACCGACCUUAAUGAUAUUUAUACAUUUGAUACAUCAACUUUUAUAUGGACACAAGGCUCUAAUGCUAAUGCGCCAACUCCGCGUGCUGACUUUACAGCUACACUUUUAAAUAACGGCCUUAUACUUUAUUUAGGAGGUGGUGAUACUAUCAACAUGGCCGAGAUUGCUGCGGGUGAUAAUAUUAGUCCUAGAAGUAGCCACACCGCUGUAUUAUCGCCAGAUGGGCAUGUUGUAAUCUUUGGUGGAUCUAAAAAUAGUGCUCCUUUAGAUCAAAAUCAACUAUUAGCGUCAUUAGACACAAACGUUAAUCCGUAUAAAUGGUCCUCUAAAUCAAUGAUUGGUAAUAAUGUACCAUCUUCACUUGCAUUUCAUUCUGCUAAUAUAGUAGGAAAUUUUAUGAUUGUAGUAUUUGGUCAAAAAGGUGUAAAUAAUGCAUUUGAUCCGAAUAAUUUGAAUUCACAACUAUAUCUUCUUGAUACUCGAAAUUAUGUGUGGGUUACAGACACAUCGCAACAUCCUAAUUCAACAAAUACACCUAAUCCUUCAGUUACUCAAAUUCAAACAGUCAUUGCUUCAAAUUCUAAUUCAUUAAGUACAGGUGUGAUUGUGGCGAUCCCUAUAAGUUUAAUAGUUGUUCUUGGAAUAGCUGGCUUUACAGGAUAUUGGCUUUACAAGAAGAAUAAACAAAAAGAUAUCAUUCGAAUAGCAAGUUCUAAAAAUGAAUAUUAA